CAACUCAUCUCCCAUAAUGCCACGGGGCUACUUUUGGCCAAAAUGGCUACUCCCAUGCACCGGCUGAUCGCUCGGAGGCAGGCUGAGGCUAAUAAGCAAAAUGUACGUUGCCAGAAGUGCCUCGAGUUUGGUCACUGGAGCUACGAAUGUAAAGGCAAAAGGAAAUAUCUCUACAGACCUUCCCGAACAACGGAACUAAAGAAAGCCUUAAAAGAAAAAGAGGCCCGCUUGCUUAUGGGUCAAAGUGGUGGUAACAGCGUUCCAGAAAUAAAAGCAAAGAAGAAAAGAUCCAAAAGUGUUACAAGCUCCAGUAGCAGCAGCAGUGCUAGUAGCAGCAGCAGCAGCGGCUCCGAUAGCGAUUCUUCUUCAGAGAGUGACGAUUCAUCCAGCUCUUCCACAUCCUCUGAGGACAGUGACAAAAGCUCUUCAAGCUCAUCGUCUUCCUCACAAAGCUCAUCUUCCUCCUCUGAGUCGGACACAGAGUCCAGCAGCAGCACCAGCAGUAGUGAGAGCAGCAGUAGUAGUGGAGACGACAGCAGCUCAGAAGAUGAGCCAAUAAGAAAGAAAAUCAAAAAAUAGAAGAGGAAGAACCAGAGAAUGGCGUCUGAAACUGUUAAUUCAAGAUCUUGUAUCUGAGAUUUCAAAAAAGACUUGUCCUAGCUCGUAUCUAAUCCCAUGUAUAUCUUGAUUGAUGUACACGUUUCAGAAGCACCUACGUUUUUAGAACUUUUUUAUUUUUAAUUUCAAGACAUGGCUAAAGUGACUUCUUUGGAAAAGUCUAACAGGUUACAUUGGCAAAUUGGUUUCUAAUUCCUUCUUUGUGAAAGAUUACAGAUUAGACAAGUGGAUGUCACUGGCCCCGCUGCAUUCGUUUGCUAUAUCUGGAGAGACUAAGCCAAUGUGUUCACUGGUUGUACAUAAACUGGAAAAACUUUUUUUCCCAAAAGUGUUAACAGGGUGUAAGUUAUGAAGCCAGGUUUGAC